AUGCGGCGCCGUGUCGGUCUCGCCGCCCUCGACCGGCGUGCACAAGACUCCCAAACCCGCUCUACCCACGGCGCUACCCUCCGCCGCACCCACCAAUCCGAACUAACCACCCAACUUUCCGUCUUCCAAGCCGCCCUCUCCACUUUUAGCACCCAAUACUCCUCCGAAAUCCGUCAAAACCCCAAAUUCCGUUCCGAAUUUGCUCGCAUGUGUACAACCAUCGGUAUCGACCCCCUAGCAGCAUCUUCAAACCGUCCGAAGGAAAAAGGUGGAAGCAUAUGGUCCGAACUACUGGGUACCCAAGUCAACGAUUUUUACUUCGAACUUGCUGUAAAAAUCGUUGAAGUUUGUCGUGAUACUCGGUCGAAGAAUGGGGGGUUGAUAUCUGUUAGUGAAGUUCAAUCUACACUUCUGAAGAAAGAUCAAUCUACGGGAGGUGGUGGGACGGGGUUACAAAUAUCUGAGGAUGAUAUUAUACGUUCGGUUGAGUGUUUAAAACCUCUUGGGUCGGGCUUCGAGGUCAUAAAGAUAGGGAAAACGAAUAUGAUAAGAAGCGUACCCAAGGAGCUGAACAGAGAUCAAGCGAAGGUAUUGGAAGUUAUUCAGGUACUCGGAUUUGUGACUAUUGGAGUGCUGGUGGAUAAUCUGGGAUGGAUUGCGCCGAGAGCACAGGCCGUGGUGGACGACUUGAUGGCUGAGGCUUAUCUAUGGGUCGACGAGCAGGAAGGAGAAACGAGUUAUUGGGCGCCAUGCUCUCUAUAA